UAAAGUGAGAUGUCAAUAUGAUUUACAUGACAGAACAAUCUUUAAAAUUAGUAUAAAAUUCCUUGGAAUUAUCUCUCUCUCUCUCUCUCUCUCUCUGAUAAUCCCAUAUGUUGGAGGUUGGUCUCUGAUUGUUUCUCCGGAGACCCCAAGCCCCCCCUUCCCCUUGUUUCUAGUCAACACGGACUCUUUCUCUCUCUCUCUCUCUCUCUCUCUAUCUCUCUACACCUUCUUCCAAGAAAAUUCUUAUCUCCUUCAAUCUCAAUACAUAUUAAUUUAUAUUAAAAUUAGAGUUUGUUGAUUGUGAAAUUGGUAUCGGAUUCGAUUCCAUUUGCUGUGAAAUUUGAAUUUCGUGGUAUUUGGAUGGCGUCGGAGAUCGAGGUCGUUGAGGAGAUCGAAUCGAGAGAUCGGGAAUCGGCUGCGGCGGCGGCGGCGGCCGGCGGUGGAGAGGCGGAGAUCGGAGGAGGAGGAGGCGGAGGCGGAGGCGGAGGAGAAGACGAGAGCCUGAGGAACGACGUGUAUACGGCGGCGGCGUACGGGGAUUUGGAGAAGCUUCAGAGAUUGGUGGAGUGCGAGGGUUGCUCAGUAUCGGAGCCCGAUGGUCUCGGCUACUACGCCUUGCAGUGGGCGGCUCUCAACAAUCGCACAGCUGCUGCUCAGUAUAUCAUCGAGCAUGGCGGAGAUGUGAAUGCUUCGGAUCUUACUGGGCAAACGGCACUACACUGGAGUGCAGUCCGGGGUGCAAUCCAGGUCGCAGAACUUUUAUUGCAAGAAGGUGCUCGGGUUCGUGCAGCCGAUAUGUAUGGGUAUCAGACAACUCAUGUUGCAGCACAAUAUGGUCAAACAGCUUUCCUUUAUCACAUCGUCACAAAAUGGAAUGCUGAUCCUGAUGUUCCUGAUAAUGAUGGAAGAAGCCCUUUGCACUGGGCUGCAUAUAAGGGUUUUGCUGAUUGUAUACGGCUUCUGCUAUUUCUGGAUGCAUAUAGGGGACGCCAGGACAAAGAGGGUUGUACCCCUCUCCAUUGGGCUGCUAUUAGGGGCAACUUAGAAGCAUGCACAGUGUUGGUGCAGGCUGGGAAGAAGGAGGACUUGAUGGUGACUGAUAACACUGGUCUUACACCGGCACAGCUUGCAUCUGAUAAAAAUCACAGACAAGUUGCUUUUUUCCUUGGAAAUGCUAGGAGGUUGCUUGACAAACGCUGUGAUGGGAAUAGCCGCCUUGGACGUCUUUCAAAAUUAGGACUGGCACCAUUUCUUUGGUGUAUAAUCUUCCUGCUUCUUGUUACCUAUAUUCAUGCGGUCAUCAUGGCUUCAAAUUUGCCAAAGUUAACUGCUGGCUUUGCCCUUCUUGCGUGGUUGGGUGUGUUACUAGCGACUGCUGGACUGGUUUUGUUCUACAGGUGUAGCAGCAAAGAUCCAGGUUUCAUCAGAAUGAAUGUUCAUGAUUCGCAGAGUGUGAAAGAUGAUGAACCUUUGUUGAAGAUUGAGAUAAAUAAUCCUGCUUUGCUGGCUGGCAAUUGGUCUCAGCUCUGUGCAACAUGCAAGAUUGUCAGGCCUCUUCGUGCAAAGCACUGUUCCACCUGUGAUCGUUGUGUUGAACAGUUUGACCAUCAUUGCCCUUGGGUGUCCAACUGCAUCGGAAAGAAAAACAAAUGGGAUUUCUUCCUGUUUCUUAUUCUAGAAGUUUCUGCAAUGCUGAUCACUGGUGCAGUCACCCUUGCAAGAGUUGUGACUGAUCCAAUGGCUCCAUCUUAUUUUGGAGCAUGGGUGAACCAUGCUGGUACUCAGCAUAUUGGUGCUAUUUCAUUUCUGAUUGUGGAUUUUUUCCUCUUCUCUGGUGUGGCAGCCUUAACUGCAAUGCAAGCUUCCCAGAUAUCACGUAAUAUUACGACAAAUGAGAUGACAAAUGCAUUGCGUUAUAGCUACCUUAGAGGACCAGGUGGUCGGUUCAGGAACCCAUAUGAUCAUGGAUGCAAGAAGAACUGUUCAGAUUUCUUGAUCAACGGCUACAAUGAAGACAUAGAGCAUAAUGAAGAACCGGCUGAAUCUGAGGGGAUCGGAAUGGUGCAAAUGACUCGGAAUUCAACGGUUCAAAAUGGGGUUGGCCAUUCUCAUCAUCAAACCAAUGGUAAUAGCCACGUUAUAAAUGUGAGUAAUAACCCGAAAAAUCAUCAAGGUCACGUUCAUUCUUCCCAAUGUAGUCAUAGUAACCAUGGAAAAACCGAACCUGUUCCGUUAGGUUUGGGUCUUGGCCUGGGACGGAACAAUGCUCGUUCUGUUGUAGCUUCAUAAUGAAACACACGGUAUUCACUGUAGGUGUUGGAAUCUGCCAUGUUUUGUAUCUGUAACUGUUCAUAACCGUUCACUCCGUUUAGCUUCUGUAAUUCAAUUGAUUAAUGCUCUUUUUUGGCUUUGUGAUUAUGCUCUCUUUCGGUCGAUCAUAUUCCUUGAUCAGUUGUGGCGGAAGAGAUUUGACGAAUUUUGUAUCUGACUCUGUAUGAAAUAUAUAUGGAAUGAGAAGAAUUUUCCGUUGUUUGCACUUUAA